UUAGAUACAUACCAAAGAAAACAAGCACAGUACGUGCAACAGAGUCGGAUUAAAGAUCAACGUUUCCGAGAUGCGAGGCCAGAACUUCAUCAGCAAUCCAGUGACGAAAAUAGAAGCAAGCGACAGUAUAGGAAAUGAUCCGAACAUUACCCAUCGGAUGACAUAG